AUGAACCACAACGGCCCAACUUGCUGUGAGUCUGGAUCCAUCUGCACCUUCGGAAAUGACUACUACUCGCAAUGCCUCCCCGGCUCAUCACCUUCUCCUAGUCCCUCACCCACGCCAUCUCCCACGCCAUCUCCCACGCCAUCUCCCACGCCCUCUCCCACGCCCUCUCCCACGCCCUCUCCCAGCCCGAGCCCCUCCCCAGCGCCCGGGGUCAACCCCUUCGAGGGACAUCCCUGGUAUGUCAACCCUUCCUACCGAGACCUUCUGUCCACCUCCAUCAACCUGACCGGCUCAUCAAGCGUCGUGCGCAGCACCUUGGAGUCCAUGCAGAACGUGCCUUCGGCCUUCUGGAUUGACGUGAAGUCCAAGAUCUACAAGGGCCAGGGCCACCCGGAUCACAGCACAGUGGAAGGCAUCCUUGAGGACGCCGCCAGCUGCUCGCCCCCCAGUCUGGUCGUCCUCAUUGUUUACGAUCUUCCAAACAGGGACUGCUUUGCGCUGGCCUCCAACGGCGAGAUCUGCUGCCACUAUGGCGAGGAUGUGGGCCGGACGAAGUGCGACAUGUCAACUUCCGGGCCCAACACCGGCUUCUACCGAGAGGUGGUCGGAGCCAACUGCGCGGAUGGCCUGUCCGAGUACAAGCAGACCUACAUCGACCCUUUCGCAGAGGUCGUGGGACGCUUUGCCGACCGGGUGCCAGUGGUUCUGGUCAUUGAGCCCGACUCUUUGCCCAACCUCGUCACAAACAUGAAAGACAAGAGGCCAGACAACUUCCGCGGCUGCCACGACGAGACUAAGGUUGCUUACGAGGAGGGUAUCCGAUACGCCGUCGAGAAGCUGUCAGCCACAGGGGCAGCGCUCUACCUGGACGCUGGGCACGGUGGCUGGCUGGGUUGGGCCAACAGUAACGACGACCAAACCGGCAAGUUUGCAAACAUCAUUGCCAACAUGCAGAUUGCCGAUAAGCUCCGUGGCUUUGCUACGAAUGUUGCAAACUAUCAGCCCCUUGGGAACAUAGUUUGCUCAGAGCCCGGGAAAUGCAAGGGUCAGUUGAGCAACGACCCGUGCUGCGCUGAUGAUCCCUGCAACUUGCAGAAAGACUGGAACUGGGCUCACAACGAGCUCAACUACAUGGAUGUGCUGGAUUACAAGAUGCGAGCAGCAAUUCCUGGCUUCGCACCAUCGUACAUUAUCGACACUGGCCGCAAUGGUAAGCCCAACACCCGCAGCGACUGUGGCAAUUGGUGCAACGCCAGAGGUGCGGGCAUAGGCCACGUUCCAACAACCGCCACGCCGGACGCUCGGAUCGAUGCCUACUUCUGGCUUAAGACUCCGGGCGAGUCUGAUGGCUGUACGGAGUUCCUGCCUGAUGGCUCAGCCUGCCCCCGUUUCGAUGAGAUGUGCGCAUCAGUGGACUCCUUGGGUAGCCAAGGCGGAGAGCCUCGUGCACCUGAGGCUGGUCUCUGGUACCACUACCAGAUUGUCCAGCUGGCGGAGAAUGCCCAAAUGGGGGACGCCUCUGCCUUCAGCACGCCAGGGAGCUGCGGAAGCGUGCUUGGCUCGCCGCAAGUGACGAUUCUGACCGAUGCCUCCGUACGGAAAACAGGGCUGGCAGCUCGACUUGGGCAUGCAUCAAACCCCUCAAGGCUGAACCAGGGCGUCACCAUGCUGGCGCUGAACACACGCCAGGCGCGCAUGUUGCUCAUCACCGACAAUUCGACCGAGGAGUUCGAAGGCAAAGAUGGUGGCGUGGGUCGUGCCUGCCGUGGGGGGAGCACUUCCGACAAUGCUCCGAGCAACUAUGAAGUUCACUCCGCGGCCACCCUGGAUGAGUGCAAGGCGAUUUGCAUGUCAGUUGAGGGCUGCAAGGGCAUCGAGUACAGCACGGGUCGGUGCGAAGUGUGGACACGGGAAGGGGGGAUUCAGGCCACCGUGGAGCUUGCUGGCUUCAGCUGUUAUACGUAUGGAGAGAUGACUGUGGAUGAUGCGUUCUCUCCUGCGGAUGGUGGUGUGAAUCGCGCAUGCCGAGGUGGAAGCAAAUCAGACAACUCCCCGAAUCACUACGAAGUUCAUGCUGCGAGCAGUUUGGAUGAAUGCAAGGCGAUCUGCAUCACGUAUGCAAACUGUAAAGGCGUUGAGUACAGUCCGGGUCGAUGCGAGGUGUGGACACGGCUGGGUGGCAUCCAGGCAACCAUUGAGCUUGUAGGCUUCAGCUGCUACAUAUACGAGGGCAUGGCUGUGCAGGGAGAGUUUUCAGCAGUAGACGGCGGCGUGGGUCGUGCCUGCCGUGGCGGGAGCACUACCGACAAUGCUCCGAGCAAUUAUGCAGUUCACUCGGCGGCCAGCCUGGAUGAGUGCAAGGCGAUUUGCAUGUCAGUUGAGGGCUGCAAGGGCAUCGAGUACAGCACCGGUCGAUGCGAAGUAUGGACGCGGGAAGGGGGGAUUCAGGCCACCGUGGAGCUUGCUGGCUUCAGCUGCCACGCGUACCAUCCCAACCCCACCACGCUUGAGAAGUGUGUGGACCUGAGUGACGUGCAGAUGUCUGCAGCCCUGUCGAUCUCUCAAAUCACACUUUCCGCUCCGCGGCACAGCAGUUGCUCCAGCUUCGGGAUGGCGUUAUCAUGCCGCCACGUGCACUAUGCAGCUUCUGCAAAGAACGAUCUUCAGGCCGUGCUUUACAAUGAUCAGUCUGGAAAGCCGCAGCUGCUUCUUCUGGACGGAACGUCGGUCGUCAUGACCAAAACCCUUGCCACGUCGUCCUUGGAAGUGCGAGGCCUCGACUUCGAUCCUGCCGGUGACUAUCUCGUGGUCCUCCUCUCGGGCGGCAGUGCGUAUGACAGUCCGAGCGUGUUCAAGAAGUUUUCGCUGCCGGGCCUCCAAGAGAUGUGGAGCGCGGAGAUUCGUGAUUCUCAGGUUGGCCUCGAGAGGUGGACACCUGAUGCAGCCCAGUCCCUUGCCGUGUCCUCUGGCCGCUAUAUCCAGCACUCGGCCGGCGAGUGCAGGUCGGGCUGGUGCUCUGGACAUCAAGGUGGAAUGACAGUGGUGAUCGAUGCAGAUGGCCAGCAGCGCUCAUACUCUGGUGAUGCUUGGGCCUCCCACUCCUGCAAGCAGAUGGCGGCCUACAGUGUGGUCUCUGACACCUUCCUCCUUGGCACGGCUGGGGAUGCGUACCCGGACGCGCUGGUCUUCGCAACCUUCAAGGACGAUGCCUUGUCUCAGACCGCUAGCUUCCAGAGCUGGGGCGACGGUGCCGGUUCGCAGGGCAUCAGCAGUGGUGCCAUCAAGGCCGAUCUCCUCGGUGGCUUUGGAGCUGUGUGGACCUAUGGAACCAAGGGUGGACAUGACAAGCUGUACUUUGCAACUUUUUCUGCCAACGGUAGCUUCGUGACGGAUCCGCGACCUUUGUUUGCUGAUGCUGGCUCGGAAAUCGAGGCAACCUAG